CCGCAACUUCAUAGACGUUGUUUCAGAAAUAUCUGGAUUCUUUUUCAAUAGAACUGAAAAGGUAACCAAGAUUUUGUGCAAAAAUUAUCACAGAAACUCUUCUAAAUGAUAUUAAUAACAAAUCUAAACAAUUAGUCAAUUAUUUGAUUUUUUUAAAUACUAAGUAGGACUAGCUAUUGAACAUCAGCAGAAUCAGGUGAAUUACGAGGGGAGGUCAAAAAGUUCGCGGAAUGGACGGGUUGGUGGAGGUUGGUUUACUCGUCCAGGUAAUCACUUGUUAAGCACCUUAUUAAGAGUAUAUAUACCAAGUUUGAAUCAAAUUGGGUCGUUAACUUUCGAUUUAUCGACCUGCAAACAAGUGAAUCGGUAAGAAGUCAGCGAGUAUGGCGAAAAUUUAACACCGCGCCGUUAUUAAGUUCCUCAUCAAGCAUGAAAAAUCCACUCAGACGUUUUUUCAAGAGCUGUUAGCAGUUUACGCGGACUCUGCCCCUCGUAAAACCAUGGUUUACAAGAAGCAUGGUCUUUUCAAACAAGGAAGAGAGUCUAUUGAAGAUGACCCCCGCUCCGGACGGCCAAUUAAGGCCACCACACCGGAAAUUGUCGCAAAAGUAGAAAAACUUGUAUUAGAAAAUACCCGGCUGAAGAAGAAGCAACUUGCGGCAAUGGUUAGAUUAUCCGAAACAAGUAUUUUAAAUAUUCUACAAUAUCGUCUUGGCAUGACUAAGUUCAGUGCAAGAUGGGUGCCAAGAAUACUCACGCCACUUAAAAAAAGUCAGCGUGUCGAGUGUUCUCGCCAGUUUUUGAAGCUCUGUGGAGAGAGUAGGGAAGAAGUUAUGACCUGGAUUGUUACUGUAGAUGAAACCUGGGUUGACACUAUGAACCUGAGUCGAAGCAAGAGUUUAAAGUGUCACAAUCGGCCAAAAAGAUCAUGGCGACUAUCUUUUGGGAUACAAAAGAAAUCGAAAUGACCAUUGAUUUAUACUAUACGCCGGGCUCAGCGCCAUGUAGAUUAGUGUUGCUGGUCGCAGCGGCACUUGAUAUUCAACUCAACUUAAAAUUAACUGACUUGUCUGCUGGAGAACAAUUUAAACCGGAUUUCUUAAAGAUAAAUCCUCAACACACUGUGCCGACUAUAGUAGACGGCGAUUUCUCACUAUGGGAAUCACGAGCCAUCAGCAGAUAUCUAGUCAAUAAAUAUGGAGCUGGAAGUACUCUAUAUCCGGAAGACCCAAUAGCUAGAGCUAUUGUUGACCAGAGAUUGGAUUUUGAUUUGGGUACAUUGUACCCUAGAUUUGGAAAUCUAUUUUACCCGCAAAUCUUCGCCGGUGCACCAGUAGACGAAGCGUUACUGAAGAAAUUGGAAGAAGCCUUAGUUUUUUUUAAUACAUUCCUAGAAGGUCACAAAUAUGCUGCUGGAUCUAAUUUGACACUGGCUGAUCUAAGCCUUGUUGCUACAGUGUCUACGAUAGACGCCGUUGGUUUUAAUUUGACACCAUACCCUAAUGUUUUAAAAUGGUUCCAGCUCGUCAAAUCUACUGCACCAGCAUAUGAAGAAACUAAUGGAAAGGGUAUUGAGGAGUUUAAAAAUUUCAUUACUCGGUUGAAAGCAAAAUCUGAAUUGUAAACAGAUAGAUAAUUCAUAUUUGAUACCUUAUUAAAUUUAUAAGUAUCACAUA